AUGCCUUACCAUUUGACCCCAAGCGAGAUCGCCCGGAUCGAGGAUGAACUACGCGUGGCACCCGAGUUAAUUACCCCAACAUACAUUACUCAGCUGGUAUCGAACUACUAUACCUCCGUGGAAAUAAUAUAUCGAUAUAGGAGACGGGUUAACCUUAAUCUCCCUGUUGGACGACGUACGGGAGAUGCUCCCCGAGCAAUUACAUGGCGAAUGGAACAAGCCAUUAAGGAAUUACUCGACCAUGCACCAUGGUUUUACCAAGACGAGAUUGCCGACUUUCUAUUUGAGAUUUUUGGAGUCAAAGUGGACCAGGCGACUAUAUUAAGGGCUUUGAAGAGGAUAAAGAUUACACGGAAGAAGCUUAAGGCCGAGGUAGCACAGAGGAAUGAUAAACUACGUACGUAA